CAGCCCGCCAGUGCCGCGCAGGCGCGGGGCCGUUCCGUUGCCACGGCGACAGAAGGACGCAGUUGGUGCAAGAUGAAGCUGAAGCGGUUCCUCCUGCGCUACUAUCCGCCAGGAAUUAUUUUGGAAUAUGAAAAAGGAGGGGAGACAAAAAGCAAAUCCAUUGAUCUGCUAGACUUGACUCCAGAUGCAGACAUAGAUGCUGUAGUUGAUGAAAUCCAGAGGAUUGAACCACUCAUCACUGCGUCCCGCACAGAGCAGGUGAAGCUUCUGGUGCAAAGGCUCCAGGAAAAGCUCGGUCAACAGGAUGAUCACAAUUUCUAUCUUUUCAAGGUACUUCGGGCGCACAUACUGCCACUGACAAAUGUUGCAUUCAAUAAGUCUGGCUCAAGAUUUAUCACAGGAAGCUAUGACCGAACCUGUAAACUAUGGGACACACUAUCAGGAGAAGAGCUCCACACACUUGAGGGACAUAGAAAUGUGGUCUAUGCCAUUGCAUUCAACAAUCCUUUUGGAGACAAAAUUGCAACUGGCUCAUUUGAUAAAACCUGUAAAUUAUGGAGCUCUGAAACAGGCAAAUGUUAUCAUACCUUUCGAGGACAUACUGCGGAGAUUGUGUGUUUAUCAUUUAAUCCUCAAAGCUCCCUCGUGGCAACAGGCAGUAUGGAUACUACAGCAAAGCUCUGGGAUAUACAAUCUGGAGAAGAAUCUGUGACUCUGACAGGUCAUUCAGCUGAAAUAAUUUCUUUGUCAUUUAAUACAACCGGAGAUAAGAUUAUCACUGGCUCCUUUGACCAUACAGUUUCUGUUUGGGAUGUGGGAUCUGGAAGGAGAAUGCACACCCUGAUUGGCCAUCGAGGAGAGAUUAGCAGUGCACAGUUUAACUGGGACUGUUCACUUAUUGCUACUGGAUCAAUGGAUAAAACUUGCACGAUGUGGGAUGCAGUUAGUGGGAAGUGUGUGGCAACAUUGUCUGGGCAUGAAGAUGAAGUACUUGAUGUGUGCUUUGACUACACAGGACAGCUUAUAGCAACUGCAUCGGCUGAUGGUACUGCAAGGGUUUACAGUGCUACAAACCGCAAGUGUAUGGUGAAGCUGGAAGGACAUGAAGGAGAAAUCUCCAAGAUUUGUUUCAAUCCUCAGGGCAGUCGUAUUCUCACAGGCAGUUCUGAUAAGACAGCCAGGCUUUGGGAUCCUCGCACGGGCCAAUGCCUGCAGGUGCUAGAAGGCCACAGCGAUGAAAUUUUCUCAUGUGCUUUUAACUAUGAAGGAAAUGCCAUCAUCACAGGAAGCAAGGAUAACACUUGCAGGAUAUGGCGCUGAAUGAAGAUGGAGUUAUUAAAGCAUACAGUGAACUCAUGCUGAAUAACCUCUAGAGUAAGUGCGAUAUGUUGUUCUAUAAAUGAGAAUCUCCAGUAUUUCAGACAUUUGCAAUCUUAAAGAAAGAUGUGAAGAAUUCUAAGCAAUAUAUUCAAUUCGUUUUUCAUUGCCAACUGGUAACAAAUUAGAUAGUUUAGCUCAUCAGUGAAAUGUCUUCAAAUGUGUGCUACACUUCUAACUAACAACACCAUUGUAAGAACAGAGCAAUGCUUCCCUUUUCCAACAAGACUUUUGUUAAUACAAGAUUACACGGUUACAGAUAGAAUGCCAUUAAGUUAUGUCUUCUGAAUUUUUCAAAUACUAAAAACUACAUUUGAUCGAAUUUCAUUAUUGUAAAUUGCUGCAUUAAAUGCUUUUAUAAAGUAGCACAAUUACACUGAUGUCAUACCAUCUAAACUUUCUGUUUGUUUACAAUUAAAAAUUUGACCUGUUUACAAAGAA